UUGGUCCGGAAAUGCGUCAAGGUUCAAGGAAUGGUAAUAAUGGGCUAUUCAACGAAGCCCAUGAAAACUACGGGCUUAUUGGGCUCGUGGGCCCUUCGUUUUGAUCCUCAUUAGUGUAAAUGGGCCGGUUUGUAGCCCGAGUGGCUCCGUUUCUAGAAAUUUUCAGACUAGUUUGUCCGGCAUAGAUUACUAACCGUUACACAAAUUCAAAAAACGAGAGAGAGAGGGAGAAAGGGAAGGGAGAAGAUAUGCCGAUUCAGAGAAGCGAAGCUAAGACGAAGACUGUUCGGAAGGCAUUGAGGGACGUUUCAAACAACUAUGGCGUUUCAAACUAUGGUGGAAGAAGAUGCUCAAAAAUCAUGACCAACACUGCCACGAAGAAAUUCAUGGAGAAAGAACAGAUGCCUGCAAGGGUUCAAGAAGUAGAAAAAGAUGACAACGACGACGCACUUGAUCGUCUUCUUCUCGUUAAAACGGACCUAAGCGCCCUCGUCAACCAGAUUGAUGAACUUGUCGUGCAAGCGGUUAAAUUCAAGUCGAAGGGCGAAGAAGGGAGAAAGGAAGUUGAAUCCUUUGCACGUGUCUUAUCUGAAAUAGUUUCCUCUUUGAAGCCAUGGGUGCCCAGAUUUCAGAAGGUGAUCUCCAUUGGUUUUUUGGAGUCUGUGAAUCAGUCAAGAAAUUCUCCAGCAAGUCAGACUGUUUCUGCUGUUAAUGAAGUCGAAACUGAAAUUGUCAAGAGUCCAGAUAACUCAAACCAGAACCUGUUGAUUUCUCCUUCACCUCUUGUGUCUUGGCGUGCUGACUGUACCAUUGAUAGAGGAAGACAAAUGUUUUUGCUUACCCCACUUCCUAUCUCGAAGUCCUUGUCGUCCAAGCAUCCAGACCCCCCCAAAUCGAUUUUAAAUAGGGUUACUUCGGAUACUCCUAUGAAGAUUCCGGCCUUAAAUUCUGUAUCCAUAGCUAAAACUCACGAUUUGCAUGAAGAGGUAGAUCUUAAACCAACUCCAGGUAAGCCUACCGAUUUAGCAGAAUCUAAGACAAGUAGCACUUUAAAGGGGAGGUCUGAUUCUCCACAGAUGUUAUUGAAAGGCAACUGUGCAGCAGUAGUAAUGACUCCAUGUUUGAAAAGGUCGCCUCCUAAAUCAUGUGUAUUGCUGAAAGCAAUUACUCAAUCCUCUCAUGCAGGCCGUUUUGAGGCUCGUAAGUCGACCCCUUUUCCUGUUGGACUUAAGAAUUAUAGUGAUUCUGAGUCUUCUUCUGGUAGUGAAGCUUCUGAAGGUCUGGCUUAUAAAUAUCCAGAACUCUUGGGGAUACAACACAUCUAUAAAUCAGCAGUCAAAAAGAAAUAUGUUGAAGACUCACCGGAUUGGUUUGGAUCACCUCCGAAAACAUGUGUCUUACUAGAGCCUUGUGACGAUCAAGUUUUUAAAAAUGAUACUGCUGGUGCUACUACUACUUAUACUACCAACUGCCACUUAACAUUGCCACAGACAGGUCGUGAUCGAAAUAACCAAACGAAUGUGACUAACCUUAAAGGAGUUGAUUCUCAUGAUGUUGGUCAGCAAGCCAAGACAACUCGCCUCCGAGAAAGUCUAGGCAGAAAGUUUAGCCUCGUUGAAAGCACUCCUACUUGGAAGGAGCCUCAAAGCACAAGCAAAAGAGGCAAACGUCCUGGUGAAAACACUUUAAAGAAGGAGCUGUGGACAAAGUUUGAAGCGGCAUCUACUAGUACUAAUGUGAUUCGCUUUAACGUUUGUGCAACUUCUCGGAAUGGAUUCCUUGAUCGAUUGGAAGAGGCUUCAUCUGAUGGAGAGAGUUAAAAAUUUCAAGAUAAAUUUUUGUUUUGCCAACAAGUUUGCUUAACCUGUUGAUUUAUAGCUCUCAAGCAUUAGAAUCUUAUCCGUGGGAGUUUUGUGUUAUUUUCCUGGGAAGCAAUCAGCUUUGUAUCCUGAACGACUGUAGUA